UGUACUUACAUUCAAAGCAAAGCAAUCCUUUUCUUUAAUUUAUGUGUCUUCCCUCUAUGGUUAAUUAAUCACAUGUAAUUCCUGGGUAGCCCCGCUAAUUAUUUAAUGUCAAUUCGUAGAUUAAAAAGUAGCUCUUGUUACUUCAGUUUACUUAUAAUAUUUAAUCCCAAACUUUGAUCAACAAAUUAAUUUGUAAAACAAAUCUUCUAACAUUUUUUCUUUAUACAUUGUCGCUAAAACUAAAAGAUACCAAAUUAGUUGUACUAUAAAAUUAUUUUGAUAUAUUUGUAGAAAGUCUGUCAUUAAAUUGUUCUUUUCAAAUAAAAGAAUCGGAACUACAUGUGAUCCCUGCUCUCAUUACUGUGUGCUAAAAAUUUAUAAUGCUGGUUCUCCCCUCGCUGUUGAUCUCCAGAGUAGUUACCUAAUCAAAAUCUAAAAAUAUUCCGCUUAAAACUUUCAGCUAGGAUUAUUUACAAAAAAACUACGUAAUGUUUCAAACUCUCAUACUCGUGAAUUAAAAAAGGGAAGUCGAUCCAACAAGUCGGUUAAACUCAUUUUUUUUGAAGAAUUAACUCCCUACUACACACAUAUACAUAAGCUACCAACUCCUAAUUCGUACAAUUAUUUCAGAAAUAGAAGAUUUACUGCGAUUUAUCCACGAAGGAGAAUGGAACGAAAGAAGAUCUCGAAUUGCAAAAAAUUUGCCAAGUAGUAGUUCCAGAGACUACCUGUCCCUAUUUCUGUGCCAUGAAGGGACCACCGACGGCCCCUUCCAAAUUGCUAUAGACAAUAUGGAUUUAAGGAUUAGGAGGUGGUACCUCCUAAUCCUUGCGGGUCGUCAUGGUCACGUCCUCACACAAAGGACCUACGCCAAUGGGCACACGGUCAAUGUCUUUCAAACACUUGAAAAAAUAGAACCAAACUCCUUAAAGAUAAGGACAGUAGAGUUUCCCAUCCGCAAUCCCUGGACUGAGGUGCAGGCGGAGGAUGUUGAAAACCUCUUUUUCAUCCUGGAUACUGGGGAUCGUCUGGAAAAAACUCUGGACAUUUUGUUUAACAGCAGGCUCCCCACCCACCUUGAAGAGGAGCUAUCACAGGCAGCAGGCCUUAUUAAGCCUCUCUCUCUGGACUCUGAGGAUGAGGAUGUGAGCGAUAGCAGUAGUGAGGCCAGCGUGAACCUUGUAUUCGAUGAAUAGAAGCACAAGCCGAGCCCAAUCAAUACCUUAUUUGUCAAAAACAUGUCAUAAUCAUA